AUGAAUGAAAAUCUAAUAAAACGCGAAGAAGAGAGACUUUCUGGGAUUGAGUCCAAGAAGAGAGAGAAGGAGUCCAAUAAGAUUGCGUCCGAAGACAGCGAUUACAUCAUGAAAGAGAUCAAUGAUUUAAAGACACAAAUCGAGACCAAACUCGAUGUCUUGGAUACUAUUGAAGCAAAGGAUGAAUUAGAGAUCCGAUUAAAAGAGUUGAGUUGUGAUUACGAAAGACUCCAUCAGUUUAUCAACGAAUCGGUCCUAUAUUUAGCCAAAUAUAACAUCAAAUUAUGUCAAACUCUACUCAACUCUAUUCGCAGUAAAAUUGACACCAAAAAGGACUCAUUGGUUCCCAAAUCAAAGUUUUCUUUCAAGUCUUCGAUCAAAAGAAAUGUGAAAAACAGUGAUCCCAUUGAUUCACAAUUAAGUUCAGUCGACCAAAUAGAUUCAUCCGGUUCUCAGUUGCCAUCCGUUCAGUUCAUUGGCUUUAAAAACAUGUCAGAUUGCGACCAAACAUUGCGGAUGUCGUCUGAAGAGUGCAACUCUAAAGACUUACAACUCGAAGAUCUAACCAAUUGUCGGAUUGAGAUCUUUGGUGCGCCCAAUACUCUGAAGAUCAAUGGUUUAGUGAAUUGUAGUGUAUUUUGUGGUCCAAUCACUACAUCUAUAUUUCUAUCCAAUUGUAAGGACUGUGUCUUCAAAAUAGCGGCACAACAGUUGAGAAUUCAUUCCUCAUAUGAAUGUAAAGUGUAUUUACACGUCACGAGUCGGGCUAUUAUUGAAGACUCGACUCAAAUUAGUUUCGGACCAUACGAUUGGACGUAUGAACACAUUCUCCAAGACUUCAAAACCGCAAAUUUGGACAUCAAUUGUAAUAAUUGGAGACUAAUCGAUGACUUCGACUGUUUAGUCACUGAUAAGCCGUCAAACAAUUGGUCAUUCAUUGAGUAA